AUGGACAACAAUUUACUGGAAGGUGUGAAACGAUGGCUGGAGCCUCUUCCCGAUCGCAGUCUGCCGGCGUUGAAUGUUCAAAAAGAGUUAUUUGGCGUGUUGGAGACCAUGACCAUUGACACAAUCAGUCUUAAAAUGAGUGGCCUUGGUCGCGUGGUCGUAUUCUAUACACUUUGUAAGCGAGUCGAGCCAUCCAUUCGCCGCACAGCAGAGCAUCUAGUGGAAGUGUGGACACGGCCAAUCUUGAAACGUUCGGCAUCAUAUCGCGAUCGUCAAGUGGCACAGGCUGAGUGGCAUCAGAAUUCGCCUGUCAACCCAUCAAAUCACUUGCAUGAAUCGGCCUUUGUGGCGAACAAAAACCGACGUCAUGUUGGCAUUCCACAAUCUGUGACGACAGGAUUCCAGGUUGCUCCCCGGAAUCGCGUGGCUGGUAGCACCAACGAUCAUGAGCAUCAAACGCGCCUGGCGAACUAUCAAAGCUCGUGA